GAGUCACACUCAUAACUCAUAAGUCUAAACUAAAGUCUUAACCACCGGAGUCAAAGACACCGCCAUGACCGCCGCCUGGAUCCUCGCCAGCGUCGCUAACCACAGCCACAAGAAGAGCCCCCUGGUGGCCCUUUUGGUACUCCUCUCCGGCGUUGCCUUGGUGGCCGGAAGGUGCUCGUCGGUGCAUUAUAACAUUCAUAACUUGGCCUUCCCCUGCAAUCAAACCCUUUCAACCUCCAAAGUUGUUGACUCCCAUCUCCAUAUCUGGGCUUCUCCUCAAGAGGCUGGUGAAUUCCCUUAUGCUCCAGGACAUAAGCCUACUUUACAAGGAAAUAUUGAUUUUUUGCUCCAGAAUAUGGAGGAGGCAGGAGUAGAUGGCGCUCUCAUUGUGCAGCCAAUAAAUCAUAAAUUUGAUCAUAGAUAUGUCACAAGGGCGUUGAAGAAAUACCCGACUAAAUUUGUUGGUUGUUGCCUUGCUAAUCCAGCUGAUGAUGGAAGUGGACUUAAACAGUUUGAAGAUCUUGUUAUAAAGGAUGGUUAUCGUGCUGUUCGAUUCAACCCAGAAUUGUGGCCCUCUGGGGAAAAGAUGACAAAUAAAGUUGGGAAGGCAAUUUUCAAAAGGGCCGGAGAACUCAAUGUUGCUGUGGGCUUCUUGUGUACGAAGGGGCUUGGUCUAUAUAUUUCUGAAAUUGAGCAGUUGUGCACAGAAUUUCCUUCAACAGUUGUAUUGCUGGAUCACUUGGCCUACUGUAAACCACCAUUAAAUGAAGAGGAAGCUCUUACCUUUUCCAAGUUUUUGAAUCUAUCAAGAUUCCCACAAGUAUAUGUUAAAUUUAGUGCCCUUUUCAGAGAGUCAAGAGAGAAGUUUCCUUUUCUGGAUUUGUCUCCUGUCUUGUCCCAAGUUGUCUCUAGAUUUGGUGCUAACCGUGUUAUGUGGGGCAGUGAUUUUCCACAUGUUGUUCCUGAAUGUGGUUACAAGGGAGCCAAAGAAGCUGUACAUCUUAUCGCAGACAAAAUCUCUUUGCCCUCUUCUGAUUUAGAGUGGAUCAUGGGGAAAACAGUCACAAAACUCUUCCCAAACAAACGGACUGCUUCUAGGCAAGGUUGUUCUUGAGAGUGGAAAUUGUCUCUCAGAUGUUGUAUCCUUGUAUUGAAAAUUAUAUGUUGAAUGUAAGAUGUACAAUUGUGUCUGCAUUGAUGGCAUUUGUUACUCAUUAGGUACUUCUCGUUGAACGGGAUUUUAUUGUUAUUUGUUCUACUUAAUCAAAGGGCAAAACAAACCUUUGUAUGGACAAUAAGCAAUUUGACUUUGUUACAUUCUUCGACAUAUGAAAGCAAUUGAAAA